CCGCUCCUUUCCAAGCCGCUUUACAGCAGGAGACCCACGGCUAUGGAAAACUACCAAACGGUGGGUCUCCCGGAUGGCGCGAGUCCAGAUAAUGACAGAUCACAGGUUGCCAAGGAGGAACCGAAGCGGCUGAGCAGAGAGCAGAUAUUUAUCAUGAUAUCAACAGCAUCCCUCAACUUCGGUUCAAUGGUUUGCUACUCGAUUCUGGGACCAUUCUUUCCAAGAGAGGCAGAAAAGAAAGGAGUUAGUAGUACAAUUGUUGGAUUUAUUUUUGGAUGUUUUGCGUUAUUCAAUUUCCUGACAUCUUUGAUAAUGGGAAAAUAUCUUGUACAUAUUGGAGCAAAAUUUAUGUUUAUUGCUGGCAUGUUCGUCUCAGGAUGUGUCACAAUUCUUUUUGGAUUUUUGGACAGAGCACCUGAUGGGCCAAUAUUCAUAGGGCUGUGUUUUUUGGUCCGAGCAAUGGAUGCCAUUGGUUUUGCUGCUGCAGCGACAGCCUCAUUUUCUAUUCUCAUAAAUGCUUUCCCACAAAAUGUAGCCACAGUUAUGGGCACUCUUGAAGUUUUUACUGGACUAGGAUUAGUGCUGGGUCCCCCAAUUGGUGGCUUUUUGUACCAGAGUUUUGGCUAUGAAAUCCCUUUCAUUGCACUUGGAAGUGUAAUGCUGCUCAUGGUGCCUCUGAAUAUGUUCAUCAUACCAAAUUACAAUUCGGUUCCUAAAACAGAUUCAUUCUUGAAGCUUAUCGUUCUACCAAAAGUUGCAAUCCUUUGUCUAAAUAUAUUUGGACUAAGUUCAACUAUAGCCUUUCUAGAUCCUACGAUGUCAUUAUUUGUCUUAGAAAAAUUUAAAUUGCCAGCAGGAUACGUAGGAUUGGUCUUCCUGGCCCUAGCGCUCCCUUAUUCCAUAUCUUCACCACUUCUUGGUUUUCUAAGCGAUAAAAAGCCGAGUUUAAGGAAGUGGCUGCUAAUCACUGGAGCUUUUCUGAGUGCAUUAUGCUAUUUUUUCUUAGGGCCAGCUCCCAUCUUACAUACUGAAAGUCAACUUUGGCUUUUCAUUCUGAUGUUGGUCCUGAACGGUUUUGCUCUUUCAAUGAUUGGUAUCCCAAUAUACCCUGAAGCAAUCAAUUGUGCAUAUGAGAAUGGUUUUGAAGAAGGAUUAAGUUUGUUAGGACUGGUGUCUGGACUCUUUGGUGCAUUGUGGGCCCUUGGGUCUUUUGUAGGUCCAACUUUAGGUGGCUUCUUAAAUGAAAAACUGGGUUUUGAAUGGUCCGCAGUCAUACAGGGAGGAUUCACAUUGUUCAGUGGACUAGCGUCUACAAUUUAUUAUACCUACGAAGCCAUACAAAGGAGGAGGUCCCAGCCUGGAAUUCAUCUUGGUUCAAAGCAAGAAAGGACUCUUUUAUUGAAUGAAACUUAAUGAUAUAUUUUCUCAUUGCCAGUUUAAAUCUAACUUCAUUUGCAAAUUUAAGAGCACAAUGUGCAGAAGACCAGGCAAAUGUCAUGAAACGUAGUUCUUUCAAAAUCCUCCUUCACAAUCUUUGGAUUAUAAAAACACUAGUCUCUAAUUAGACAAUAAUGUGCCAUUUUAGUAUUAGACACAUCAUUGUUUUCAUGUCUGUAGCGGUCUUCUGAAAAAGUUGCACUGGAAAACGACAGUCAAAGAGAUUUACAGGGUAAAUGUGUUUUGCACAAGAGGUGACUUUUAUACUUUGAUAUAGGGACACGAACAAAAAAUGCAAACAAAUAAA